AUUCGCUUCACAAAUUCAUUUCCGCACGAUGGAAUCGGCCAUUUCUUUUCCAAGUGUAACGUAGCGCGGUCGUCCUCCUUGUGUAGCUGACGACGGCACAAAAUGGUGAACGGACGAAUUCCGUCGGUCUUUUCGAAGACUUACGUUACGCCUAGGAGACCUUAUGAAAAGGCUCGUCUAGAUCAGGAAUUACGAAUUAUUGGUGAAUAUGGUCUUCGUAACAAACGAGAAGUGUGGAGAGUCAAAUAUACUCUGGCAAAUAUCAGAAAAGCUGCUCGUGAGCUUCUCACAUUAGAAGAGAAGGAUCCUAAACGUUUGUUCGAAGGAAAUGCUCUUUUACGUCGUUUGGUAAGAAUCGGUGUAUUGGGCGAGAGUCAUAUGAAACUUGAUUACGUUCUUGGUUUGAAGAUUGAAGAUUUCUUGGAGAGGCGUCUCCAAACUCAAGUAUUCAAAUUGGGACUAGCCAAGUCUAUUCAUCAUGCUCGUGUACUCAUUCGUCAACGUCACAUUCGAGUGCGUAAACAAGUGGUGAACAUUCCAUCCUUCAUCGUACGUUUAGAUUCGCAAAAACACAUUGACUUCUCGCUGAAGUCGCCGUUCGGUGGUGGUAGACCCGGUCGUGUAAAGAGGAAGAAUCUGCGUAAGGGAAGUGGUGGAGCUGCUCCCGAGGAAGAAGAAGAUUAAAUCAUAUUUUGAUGUAAUACUUUAAUAAAAGUAUACCUUGAUUAUUUAAAAAAAAUUACAAUUAUAACUGAA